AUGGGAGAUUCAGCCUCGGCCGUAACCACAGCCGCUAUCAAAUACAAACCCCUCCAGAGCUCCGAGAUCAGGCUUGUCAAGCUCAAACCACGUCAACAAUGGCGGACCAAGGUAUGCGUCGAGCUGGUCCAUCGAUCGCUCCGUAGUCAUCCCCGUUACCUGGCUCUGUCAUACGUCUGGGGUGAAUCUGGACCAACGAAAGCCAUACGAGUCAAUGGCCAGCCCUACGGCAUCCCCCAGAACCUUCAUGACGCCCUCACGUACAUCGCAGAAGAGUUCGAUGCUUUGGCGUCCGUUCUGCCGGGGUUCAAAAUGCGUCCAAAUUCCGAGGAUGGCUCUAUUUACGCGGCGGCGUACUCGACGGUCAUCUGGUUGGGUCAACAUGUCCUCGUCAAAUGUCAACUUGCUGCGCACAUCGCCAAGACAGUGUCCGACGUGAUUCUGGACCAGCCAGUGCAGAAUCAAUUAUGGCCGGGACAGCUUGUGGUAGACGGCCCGAACACAUUGCGGUGGAAAAUGGAUGGUGCCGGUCCCAUCGGCAGCAUGCCUGAGACGGUAUUGCGCAACUUUCUGGAAGAGUUUGAGGAUAUCCUGUAUGCAGAUUGGUGGUGGCGAGUAUGGGUCCUUCAAGAAUAUGUCAGAAGUCAACGGGAACCGAUCUUUCUCCCGGGACAGUUCCAGUGCUCUGGUCUUAUACGUAUUCACGCCAUCAUACUGAAGCUUCCUCAAGAGGUGAAGGACCUUCACUUGCUACGGAUCAGCGCUCUCACCGCGCGAAUCAUUUCCGUGUUAUCGCUGGUACAUCAUAGAGAUGACUUUGCACUUGCAGGAAGUAUAUCCCUCGCCGAACAACUUUUCCGAGCUUUAGAGCUGAAGACGACAUGUGAUUCGACUGUGUCACACGAUCACAUUUACGGGCUGCUGGGGAUGGUCGACGUAAGUCAACUUCCGGUAGAGAUGAGACCAGACUACGAGAAGCCGUUCGGCGACGUCUGUCAGGAGUACGCUAGACUAAUCAUAGAGGGCCUCGGAAAUCUGGACGUGCUGAGCCAGGGAAGUCAACGGCUCGUCGGCAAUCCCUCCUGGGUGCCGGAUCUUCGCGACUCUGGCUGCUACAACAACCAGGAGCGCUUGUUGAUCCAGAAAGGUUUUAUGGACAUACUCUUGUCUGGAACCAGCUUGCUCGUGGACAACGGCGCUCUCUUCAUCGUCGACACUAGCACGGUGCCGGUUGAUGUGGGAGACGAGUUUUGGGCGCUCAAGGGGAGUAGUUUCCUAUCAAUACUGCGUCCCAGUGCUGUGGGGAACGGCACUUUCGAGCUGAUCGGUCGAGGUCGGCAUGUCGCUGGAACGGUUUCCGUCGGAUUCGAUGGGUCCAGGAUCAAGAAGGCAUUCUGGGAGAAGCGCACGUGCUAUCCAGUCACGUUGAUCUGA